AUGGCGGAACCUUCUAGCAAGGACGAAAAAAUCAAUGCACAACAACAGUGUAUCCAGCAGUCCCAGAAGUGGUCCUGGGGCCGCUGGCGAUGGGGCAAGGUCCAGCCUAUCCCCAGCGAGCGUGAGGUAUCGAAGGAACCGUUGGAGUAUGAGGAUAUCUGGCUGGUGAACCCAGACCGUGCUAUCGUGCCACUCUCGAGCAAGCUGCGAGAAAGCUUUCAACUGCGUGUCGCCCAGAAGAAAAAGCAUCCACUGCUUGAAGCCAUACACGAUACAUUUCGGCGCGAGAUCUGGCUGGAUGGGAUUUGCCGUCUGUUAUCGGACGUCCUCUUGAUCUUUGCUCCCUUUACUCUCCGUUACCUGAUUGCGUUUAUGCAGGAUGCGUGGAACGCUCAUCAUUACGGGGAACCCAUCCCUAAGAUUGGAAGGGGAGUAGGCCUCAUGCUAGGCAUCCUGGGGAUGCAGAUUGUCCAGAGUCCCGGCGACACACACUUUCUCUACCGGUCUAUGGUCGUGGGGGGCCAGACGUGUAGUGUGUUGAUAUCCGCCAUCUUCGAGAAAUCCCUACGACUGUCUAUGAGAGAAAAGGUUGGGGCGACAGGCAAGAGCAAGUCAGAGUCAAAGUCUGAGGGUUGGACGAAUGGCCGUAUCAUGAAUCUGAUGUCUCACGACACGCAGCGGAUCUUCCAGGCGUCCAAUGUGGUUCACCUCGUCUGGACCAGUCCCCUCGCUAUCCUACUUGCUGUCAUUCUGGUUAUUAUCAACUUAACCUACAGUGCCCUACCGGGGGUUGGAUUCCUGGUCAUUGGCCUGUUCAGCCUGUCACAAGUGGUAAAGUUUCUAGCAAGUCGGAGGGAUAUUAUCUAUGCUGUUGCAGACCGCCGGGUGAGCUUGACCCAAGAGAUACUCCAGGGGGUUCGCUUUGUCAAAUGUUUUGCUUGGGAAAGAGCCUUCCAAGAUCGUCUGAGCGAGAUACGAGCACAGGCGAUUAGGUCAGUUCAGGUUUUGCUGACCAUGCGGAGUGCCAUUGGAGCAGUAUCGAUGGCCCUUCCUAUCUUCGCCACACUGUUUGCAUUCAUUACCUUUGCACUUUCGAACCAUGCACUGGAUGCGGCGACUAUAUUCUCAUCGCUUGCGCUCUUCAACUCCCUGCGCACUCCGCUGAACUGGCUCCCCGUGGCCAUUGGACAAGUGGCCGAUGCGUUAGCCUCCGUCCGACGUAUAGAGGAGUUUCUACAGGCAGAGGAACAUGAAGAACAGGCUGUCUGGGAAUUAAAUAUGGCCGCGGCGGUGGAACUUCGCAACGCGAGCUUUACCUGGGAGCGAGGCAUGGGUACUGACCAGUCUCUGGCGCCUGAAUCCGCCUCAGCACCGCAGCCAGUCUUCGAGCUUCAUGACCUGGAUCUAACAGUCCCACGGAACGAGCUACUGGCCGUUGUGGGCACCGUAGGCGCUGGCAAGACAUCAUUGCUCACUGCGUUGGCCGGGGAGAUGCGCCGCACAGGGGGCACUAUGGUUCUUGGAGCCUCUAGAGCCUUUUGUCCCCAAUAUGCCUGGAUCCAGAACGCUACGGUUCGUGAUAACAUUGUAUUUGGGCAGCCGUUCGAUUCGGACUGGUACUAUAAGGUGGUCGAUGCGUGCGCUCUUCGAGCGGACUUUCGCAGCCUGUCUGCAGGCGACAUGACGGAGAUCAGAGAGAGAGGAAUCAAUCUUUCUGGGGGUCAGAAACAGCGAGUGAACCUGGCGAGGGCCGUCUACUCGCACACAGACAUCAUGCUUAUGGACGAUCCAUUGUCCGCGGUAGACGCACACGUUGCACUCCGCGGACUUCAAUCGCUUGGUACUUUGAGCGUCCAGCGCGAGGAAGGUGAUGAAAAGGCAAAGCCCAAAGAUGAAGGGAAGUGUGAAGAUCGUAUCGAGCAUGUCGACUCCACCGUCUCGCUUCAUGAUGAUGGGGCACUCAUGACUGCAGAGGGCAAAGCGGUAAAGAGUGUUCCAUGGAGCGUCUACUUGGCGUACAUCCGCGCAUCAGGAAGCAUCCUAAACGCCGUCUGGAUCUUCCUGUUGCUUGUCGGCUUCCGUGGGGCUAAUAUCAUGACGGGCCUCUGGCUGAGUUACUGGUCGGCCCAAUCUUUUGAUCUAAGUCGGAGUCAAUGGAUUGGCAUAUACGCUGGACUGGCAUGUCUCCAGGGAGUUUUGCUGUUUGCCUUCUCCUUGUGUACAAGUGUGGUUGGUACGAAUGCAAGCCGCAAAAUGCUCAAUCAGGCUACCUGGCACGUCUUACGAUCCCCUAUGUCAUUCUUCGACACAACGCCUCUGGGUCGCAUUACCCAUCGAUUUACCAAAGAUAUUGAUGUGAUGGAUAUGAGCCUCACAGAUUCCUUGCGGAUGUAUCUUGUGGUGCUCAGUAUGAUCAUUGGUGUCUUUAUACUUACCAUUGCGUACUUCUACUAUUUUGCCGCCGCUAUUGCGCCCCUGACCGUUCUUCUUGUGAUAUGGACAGCGUAUUACCGGUCCAGCGCACGUGAAUUGAAACGGUUCGAAGCUGUGCUGGAUUCAAGCGUGUAUGCCCGGUUCAGUGAGGCGUUAUCAGGGACGUCUAGCAUUCGAUCGUAUGGGCGACAACAGCAAUUUACUUCACGCGUCCAGUCGGCCAUCGAUGACAUGAACAGCGCUCACUUUCUAACAUUUGGCAACCAGCGGUGGCUUUCGCUGCGUCUGGACAGCAUUGGCAACGCGCUCGUCUUCACCAGCCGCAUCCUAGCUGUGGCCGAACGAUAUAACAUCUCCCCCAGUAUUUCUGGUCUAGUACUGAGCUACAGUCUGAGCGUUGUACAGCUCAUUCAAUUCACUGUGCGACAGCUAGCAGAGUUAGAGAGUGCGAUGAAUGGAACUGAACGCAUCCAUGAAUAUACAGGCCUAGAGCCAGAGGGUCCGUUGGACUUGGGGAUGGUGCGUCCGACCUGGCCUGAACAGGGACAAAUCACCUUUGAGAACGUCACAAUGCGGUAUUGCCCUGGGCUCCCGCUGGUCCUUAACAGACUAAACCUCGCCAUCACGGGAGGCGAGCGGAUCGGAAUCAUCGGUCGGACUGGAGCGGGGAAGAGCUCGAUCGUUUCAGCACUGUUCCGACUGGUCAAGCUCGCGGAGGGCUCUAUCACCAUUGAUGGGGUGGAUAUCUCUCAGAUCGGCCUGCAUGAACUGCGUGCACGGGUUUCCAUAAUUCCCCAGGACCCGACGUUCGUCCGGGGUACAGUGCGGUCCAAUCUCGAUCCCUUCAAUGAACACACCGACGCCGAGCUCUGGAACGCCCUGCUACAGAGUCAUCUCGUGGAUGCGAACAAUGCGACCAAUAAUAAAUCACACGAGUCGGAGAAGGAUGGGUCCAGCAUGUCAAAGAUAACCCUGGAUGGCCCUGUGGACGAAGAGGGAUCGAACUACUCACUCGGCCAGCGACAGCUUCUAGCCUUCGCCAGGGCCAAGGUACGGGACAGUCGGAUUGUUGUGAUUGACGAAGGAACCAGUUCGAUUGAUACCGAGACCGACAUGAAAAUCCAGGAGACCAUUGUCAGUAACUUUCGCGGAAAGACCCUUCUGAGCAUUGCUCAUCGUUUACGAACGAUCAUUGGAUACAACCGUAUCUGUGUCAUGGACAAGGGCGAGAUAGCAGAGUUAGGUCCGCCGCUGGAGCUGUGGAAGAGGAUGGGCAUCUUCCGCAGUAUGUGUGACCGAAGUGGGAUCCGGAGGGAGGAUAUUGAGGCUGCGAGAUAG